AGCUCUGCCGCCAGGGCUCAGCCCGGGCGGCCGCUCCCGCUCCUCCCUCCCAGCAGCCCCGCUUCCGGCACAUGGCCGGCUCCGCUUCCCCGGGCCCGGCUCCCUCCCGCCUCCGGAGCGCCGCUGCGGCACCCAGGGCCUCUCCUUCCCGCCGGCCCAGCCGGCGUCAGGCGGCGGGGCCUGGCUGGGGCCGCCCGGCACAGCCCGCGGAGGCUGCAGAGCCCCAGUUACAAUCCACCCACGGCUGGAGAGGGAGGGAAAAGGCCACACAGCAGCAAAACCCUGGGGCUGUUUGGGCAGCACCGUUUGUCCUUACCUCAGACUCCCAGGAAAGCAGGAUGAAGGACGUUUCUCGCAGUGGAAUGACUUGCUGCAGCAGCCAAGAGCACAGGCAGGACAGCAGAGAGCACAUGGUCCCGGAGUCCCGCCAGGACAGGGAGCUGGGCACCUGUCCCAGGGAGAGCCCAUCCUUCCACAGCCGCUUCACCACCCUGACCAUCUCCAGGGAGCCUUGCAGCAAGCAUGGAGCCAAGGAUGGAGACAAGGAUGGAGCUGGCCAGGGAUGCGGCAGCGCCACCAGUGGAGCAGCCACCACCACCACCACGGCGCUGUUUGAACCUGGCAGAGACGGGCAAACCCCACAGGUGGUGGUGCUGGUGGGGGCCCCAGGGAUGGGGAAGACAACGAUGGUCAGGAAGGUGAUGGUGGAGUGGAGAGAAGGGACACUGCAGGCGCAGUUUGACUUUGUCUUCUGCAUUGACUGCAAAGCCGUCGUCCUUCCCAUGGAAGCCAGCGUGGCUGACCUGGUUUCACAGUGCUGUCCUGGCCUGCGAGUGCCGGCUGGGAAGAUCCUGGAUGACCAGAAGAGGAUCCUGUUCAUUUUUGAUGGCUUCGAGGCCCUGGGGUUUUCCUUGGCUCAGCCCGAAGCUGAGCUGAGCUCUGACCCCAGGGAGGUGAAGCCCCUGGAGCUCACCCUGGUGAGUUUGUUGAAGAAGUCGGUGCUCCCUGAAGCCUCUCUGCUCAUCACCAUGAGGCCAACGGCACUUGGAAGCCUGAGGCAGUGCCUGAAGGGUGAGCAUUAUGUGGAGAUACUGGGAUUUUCGGCAGCCAGGAAGGAGGAGUAUUUCCACAGGUAUUUUGAGAAGCCCAGCAAAGCAGACAUGGCCUUCAGGUUUGCCAGAGGCAACGAGGUCCUCUAUAGCUUGUGUGCCAUCCCUGUCAUGAGCUGGACCAUCUGCACCGUCCUUGAACAAGAGCUUUGCGGGAAGAAAAACCUCCUUGAGUGCUCCAAAGCCACCACAGAGAUGAUGAUGUUGUACCUCUCACAAUUACUGAAGCACAGGCACAGGGACAACCCACAGGUCCUCCAGCAGUUCCUACUCCAGCUUUGCUCCUUGGCUGCCAAGGGUAUCUGGAAGCACAAGGUCCUCUUUGAGGAGAAGGAAAUCAAGGACUGUGGCUUGGACCAGCCAGGUCUUCUCCCCCUCUUCCUCAAUGAAAGGAUCCCAGGGGAAGGAGAAGACCAUGGGAGUGUCUAUGCCUUCACUCACCUACACAUCCAGGAGUUUUUUGCAGCGAUGUUUUACGUUCUGGAGGAUGAUGGAGAAACGGUCAGCAGCUUGGGGAGGCUUAAGAAGGAUGUAAAUAAAUUAUUAGAAAGCUACAACAAGUCCAGAAAGGAUCUGUAUAUAACAGUGACAUUCCUCUUUGGUCUGGUCAGCCAGAAAUCCAUAGAGUACAUGGACAAAACCAUUGGGUGCAGAAUUUCAUCACGAGCCAGGGAAGAGCUGCUGGAGUGGCUUCAGGGGAGGCACAGAGGCCUCUCCCACCCUGGCCAAACACUGAAGGUGUCAGAGAUGGACACUUUCCACUUCUUGUUCGAGAUGAACGAGAAGAGCUUCGCACAGAGCGCAUUAAGUCAUUUCACUGACCUGGACUUGCAAGACACCAAGCUGACCCUGUACGACCAGAUGGCUCUUUCCUUCUGCAUCCAGCACUGGGCUGGGCUGGGCUGCGUCAGCCUCCAGGGAUGCUCCUUCCACUGGCAGGAUCCUGGGGCAGAGCUGGAUGCGGCAGUGCCUUGCUCUGCAGUCUCGGGAGCCGGAGGACAUCCCGAUGCCCUCGUCGUGGUGCGGCGGCGGGAGGAGCUGCCCUGCCCCAUCCACCUGCUCUGCCGGGCGCUGCGGCAGCGGGACAGUGCCCUGCAGGUGCUCCGGCUGCAGUGGUGCCGGCUGUCUGAGAGCUGCUGCGCGGAGCUGGCAGCGGUGCUGGCGGAGCACCCUGGCCUGGCCCGUCUGGAGCUGGGUGACAGCUCGCUGGGUGACAGUGGCGUGCGCCUCCUCUGUGAGGGGCUGCGGACUCCAGGCUGCCGCCUGCGCGUCCUGCGGCUGCGGUAUUCCCGCAUCACCAGCGCCGGAUGCGAGGACCUGGCCGCUGUGCUGAGCACCAACACAUGCCUGGAGGAGCUGGAUUUGUCCUUCAGCGAGGGGCUGCGCGAUGCUGGCGUGGAGCUGCUGUGUGAGGGGCUCCAGCGUUCUGCGUGCCCACUACAAACACUGCGGCUGGGGAGCUGCCGGCUGUCGGGUGACUGCUGCCCAUCCCUGGCCAUGCUGCUGCUGCAGGGGCCCCGUCUCACCUGCCUGGACCUGAGUGACAACGAGCUGGGAGCCCACGGCACCCUGCAGCUCUGCCAGCAGCUCCGGCAUCCCGCCUGCCCGCUGCAGAGCCUGGGCCUGAGCACCAACGGCUUCAGCCAGGCCCUGCUGCAGGAACUGGACGCCCUCCGGGCACUGCAGCCCGCCCUGAAGAUCGGGAACCUCCUGGAGCACCGUGUGCCGCAGGCAGGGGCCAUGGCCCGGCUGCCCUGCAACCGCGGGGUGGUGCCGGGGGGCAGGAAGGCACUCCCCUACUUCAGGAGACCUCUCCUCCUUUAGGAAUACUCCUUCCAACAACCACAGCCAUUCCCAGACCAGCUCUCAGUGCUGCCAGUGCGUCUGAGCCUGCCCCACCCGUGGGGCACAGGGAGGAGAUCCUGCUGCAUAUCCAGGGAGGGGUCGGGUCCUGCCCUCUCCCUUUUCCCCUGGGAAUUGCUGGGAACAGUUGUGUGCAUUUCGCAGUGCCAAAUAAAGACCCCGCAGACAA